AGGAAUGCUCUCAUAAGGUGUCAGUCUGGUUACGGACUAACUUGCUCGUUGGCAUUCUGUUCAUUCUAAUCUCCGUUCCUGGAGACUCACACCCUCAGACCGGAGCACACCGCGCUAACACACCGACUAAAGGUGGGUUGAAGGAAGCCACAGCCGGCUGUAGGACCACAAGCAGAAAGGAAACCAGGCAACUGUGAGCUGGCUGACCGGGAUUGGAUGGAUUAAUACGAUAUCUGCAAGGUCACCCAGUGAUAGUAUGUUAAUUAAGAUGUUUUUUGGCUCACGUACGCGCCAACAUCAGGUGUUUGUUCACUAAUCAAUCGUUCCAAGGACUGGUUCCUUGGUCAGUGUUGGCUCACCAUCGAGAAGCAAGUAAAAUAUCCGUCAUAUACAGAGCGACCAAACACAACUUCUUGGCAUUAAUUCUUAAAUGGGAAACAUCAUGAGAAGAAGCUGGACCCAAAUGGCGUCAUGGGGAAUAUUAUACAGUGUAGGGAUCUCUCCCAGUUUUAGAUGACCGAUGGCCGACGUGGGAGGAAGCCCGUUCUCGAUGAAGAUGGAGGAGAACUCCCAGAGUGUGAUCCUCACCUACUUCCAGGGGGACAUCGGUAGCAUGGUGGACGCACACUUCUCCCGGGCCCUUGCCAGGGCCGACAGGGCCAAGCCCAUCAAACCCAAGAAGAGCUUCAAGUUCCUCAAAUCAGAGGACCCAACGACCUGCCAGUGGACGGCCAGCUCCCCUGGCUCCUACCCGGAGGCGCAGUUCCUGAGCCGCAAGGGGUCCCAGGGCGGCCUGCCCUUCAGCCCCGUGGACCAGGCGCCCUCCGGCUGGCAGCCCUUCCCCGUCCGGCAGGCGGGGGGCCCGGGGCUGCCCCCCAUCCCGUACUCCAUAAGCGCGGAGGGCCAGAGCCUCACGGAGCAGCAGUACGCCACGUCCCUGCUCAACCUGCUGCACAGCGACCGCAGCGAGAUGGGCCCCGGCCUGGCCUCCGGGUCCAAACCCGAGCUGAUGCCCAGCUGGACGGGGCCGGCCGCCUUCAGGGACGCCUUGGAUCCCAGCGCUGACUUUGAUCCCGGAAGGAAUGUGGACAAGAAGGUCCUCUACUGGUACUAAAGAAACAAGUUUUUGCCCGAGUGGAGGGGGGGGGGGGGGG